CACAUCCUGCAGAGAGCAACUCAACUUCACUGCAAGAGCUGGAAAGGGGGGGAAAGGGCAUUUAAUUAUUUAUUUAUUUAUUACUUGGAAAGCAACUGCACCAUUUCUGACGUAUCCUCAAAAGGAGAGAGGCGGUCUACUUUAUUUAUCUUUUUUGUUUUUGUACCGGGCUUUUUAUUUAGAUAGGGUGGAUAUAAACGACCCGUCCUUAAUGGUUUGAAGACCAUUACGAAAAAAACCCCCAAAAACGGUCAGUAUAUGAUGAUCUCUGUCACUUGUCCAUGCAAUAAUUCCCAAGGCUAUUUUUAAGACCCUACGGCUUUGUGUCUUAUCCUGCUGGGAUUUCUGACAAUUUGAACCUGCAAGGAUUCUCUUUUAACAUCUGAAUGUGACGGCACAUCGUGCAAAAAAGAAAAAAAAAACACACGAAGGUUUACAAGUAGGUGUUUGUUGUUUGUGGGUUUUCCAGUAUUUUUGCAGUCACUGGACUAGACUGCUCGAAUGUUUUCCACAGAUGUGUGCUUCUGGAUUUGAUCAGCACCUAAAUCGUAACAUGAAGAUUCUGUAAAACAUACGGUUGAUUUCAAACUCAGAAGUGUUAAGUAGUUUUUAGAAGGAUAUAGACCCGCAGCUAACUGGAUUUGAUUUACGAGAGGAAAAUCUGCAGUAAAUGGCCAUGCUCUUCGUAUUGCCAGAAUGGAAACCAGAAUUGUCAAUAGGAUGCAGCCUGAUAAAUAGCACCAAGUGAAGAUGUUGCUUCAAUAAGUGUGAAAUCAAUGGGAAAUACUUGGCAUGCGAAAAGCCUUUGAGAUUUUGACAGCAUUGCAUUUAGGAGGUUUCAUACCUUUACUUUGAUUGCACUGCUUUGCAAGUGAAUAUAAAUAGGAUUGCUUUUAGUGCAGGUAUACAGAAAUAAUUGUGGACCAUGUCGCUUCAAAAAUCUACAAGAUUGAGCUGUUUGUGGAGAGUAAUGAAGGUGCAGCUGCACUCGGGGGUGGACGUCCCCUUUAUACUCUGGAUACUUGGAUUUACGCUACAAGUAGUCGUGGUCUCCUCUCAAAAACUGGAUGACUCGGACCCGGUGGUAACCACCACUUACGGCAAGGUGCGGGGAUUUAAAAAGGAACUCAGCAAUGAAAUUCUGGGUCCUGUAAUUCAGUUUCUUGGUGUACCAUAUGCAGCACCCCCUACUGGUGAGCGACGCUUUCAGCCUCCCGAGCCACCAUCCUCUUGGUCUGAAAUCCGCAACGCCACCCAGUUUCCACCAGUCUGUCCCCAGACUGUCGUAGAAGGAAGGCUACCGGAGGUCAUGCUUCCAGUGUGGUUUACUAAUAGCUUGGACAUAGUUUCAACGUAUGUUCAAGACCAGAGCGAAGACUGCCUUUUCUUAAACAUGUAUGUUCCAACAGAGGAUGUAAAAAGAAUAUCCAAGGAAUGUGCCAGGAAACCCGGCAAGAAAAUAUGUAGAAAAGGAGGUCCCCUUACAAAGAAACAGAAUGAUGAUUUAGGUGAUAAUGACGGGGCUGAAGAUGAAGACAUUCGUGAAGGUGGCAGCCCAAAGCCAGUGAUGGUUUUUAUCCACGGAGGGUCAUACAUGGAAGGCACUGGAAAUAUGUUUGACGGAAGCAUCCUGGCGAGUUAUGGGAAUGUCAUAGUCAUCACUGUUAAUUACCGGCUUGGUGUAUUAGGAUUUUUAAGCACUGGUGACCAAGCUGCUAAAGGAAACUAUGGACUUCUUGAUCAAAUCCAAGCCCUGCGCUGGAUAAGUGAAAACAUUGCAUUCUUUGGUGGUGACCCAUUACGAAUAACUGUUUUCGGAUCUGGGGCAGGUGCCUCUUGUGUCAAUCUCUUGACUUUGUCCCAUUAUUCUGAAGGUAACCGUUGGAGCAAUUCAACCAAAGGUCUUUUUCAAAGAGCUAUUGCGCAAAGUGGUUCUGCUCUGUCUAGCUGGGCAGUCAGCUUCCAGCCUGCCAAGUAUGCCAGGAUGUUGGCCACCAAGGUGGGCUGCAACCUCAUGGACACUGUUGACUUGGUGGAAUGUCUCCAAAAGAAGCCUUACAAGGAACUGGUGGACCAGGACAUCCAGCCGGCCAGGUACCACAUAGCCUUUGGUCCUGUUAUAGAUGGUGACGUCAUACCAGAUGACCCCCAGAUCCUGAUGGAGCAAGGAGAGUUUCUCAACUACGACAUCAUGCUGGGUGUCAACCAAGGCGAGGGAUUAAAGUUUGUAGAGUUCAUAGUGGACAAUGAGAAUGGAGUGCGGGCAAUGGAUUUUGACUAUGCUGUUUCCAGUUUUGUGGAUGAUUUGUAUGGGUAUCCUGAUGGCAAAGAUGUCUUAAGGGAGACCAUUAAAUUCAUGUAUACUGACUGGGCUGAUAGACACAAUCCAGAGACUCGAAGGAAGACGUUGUUGGCUUUGUUUACUGACCACCAGUGGGUGGCACCAGCAGUGGCAACAGCUGACCUUCACUCGAGCUUUGGAUCUCCUACCUACUUUUAUGCCUUCUACCAUCACUGCCAGACGGAUCAGGUGCCCGCAUGGGCUGAUGCAGCUCACGGAGAUGAAAUCCCUUAUGUGUUUGGGCUUCCAAUGAUUGGUCCUACAGAGCUGUUUCCCUGCAAUUUCUCGAAAAAUGACGUCAUGUUGAGUGCUGUGGUGAUGACAUACUGGACCAACUUUGCAAAAACUGGUGACCCCAAUCAGCCAGUACCGCAGGAUACAAAAUUCAUUCAUACAAAGCCUAAUCGUUUUGAAGAGGUUGCGUGGACCAGGUAUACGCAGAAAGACCAGCUGUACCUCCACAUUGGUCUUAAGCCCCGGGUUAAGGAACACUACAGAGCAAACAAGGUCAACUUGUGGUUAGAGCUGGUUCCUCACCUACACAGUCUGAAUGAAGUAACCCAGUUUACUUCAACCACUACGAAGGUCCCACCAGAUGCAACACCCAGGACCCCAAGUAAAAUCCCUGUAACUAAGCGGCCUGUGACUACGCCCUUUCCUACCGAGAAUCAAGGUAGCCAGAAUCAAUUGGAAGGUCCUUUCUUGGUGGAUCAAAGGGACUACUCAACGGAACUGAGUGUGACUAUUGCCGUUGGAGCAUCUUUGUUGUUUUUAAACAUCCUGGCUUUUGCAGCGCUGUAUUACAAAAAGGACAAAAGGAGGCACGACGUACACCGGAGAUGUAGUCCCCAACGCAACACCACCAAUGAUCUCAUCCACACACAAGAAGAAGAGAUAAUGUCCUUGCAAAUGAAGCAUACAGAUCUGGAUCACGAGUGUGACUCCAUCCAUCCACAUGAGGUGGUUCUGAGAACUGCCUGUCCUCCAGACUACACGUUGGCCAUGAGACGGUCACCGGAUGAUAUUCCCUUAAUGACCCCCAACACCAUCACAAUGAUUCCUAACACCAUACCUGGGAUUCAGUCCCUGCAUACAUUUAACACUUUUACUGGUGGACAAAACAACACCCUGCCUCACCCUCAUCCGCACUCACAUUCAACAACCAGGGUAUAGCCAGGACAAAAAGACCUACAAGAGCACUACUCCUCUGGUGGAUAUUUUCAAACUCUGCGAUUUUUCAUACUGUCAAAAAGAAGAUUAAGGGAAUGAUAUUUUGUUAUAAUCGCUGGAUACUUAAUAUGGUACAUUUGAAAAACAGAAUGGGAUUUUUCCAACAUUUUUCAAGUGGAGGAUAUCAGUUGUCAAGUAUACUAAUAACAGUUGCUUGAAGUGAUUUGAAUGUGAAAAGAAUGUUCUACUGAGGCUUGGAAUUGUAAACUACACUUUCUGAAGCCAAGAACCAAUGCAACUCAGAGAAACUAGGCAUGAAUAAUGAAAAUAAAGAGAGAAUUGUAAGAUGAAAAAAAGGAAACUGUCGGAAAAUAUGCACAAGGGAGACAUUCACAAGAUGUCUUGGAUUCUUUUCGCCAAUUUAUUUUUUGGAACAGUGUUAUUGUAUAGAACCUAUUUACAUAUCUAGAUAUGUACACAAAGCACCAAUGCUGUUUAAGCCUUGACUGGGCACAAAUUCUGCAAUCUGCCAGCGAAACAAAGGGGAUAAUGACAUUCUAGCAGAUACAGCUUCAUCACAUAAGUGCUGUCUAUACCGAGAGCUGGUGGACAGGGGAAUUGGAUAUUUUUAGCACGAUGCGCAUGACAAUUUAUCUGCUUGGUGGCUGUUCUGCUGAUUUAAGUCGUAAUUAAAGUAAUUUUCAUGCCCAUUGGAAUUCUUUGAAGAAAUAUACUUCAUCGAUUGCCUCAGACCUACAAAGAGGUUUUGGCGGUGUGUUGGUGGUAAAGGGGAGGGGGUGUUGGGGUCUAAAAACAAAUAAUACAGUAAUUACAAUGAUUCACAAUAGCUUCAGUGAACAUGGUUAAAAAGAACUAGUUUUGUACAAUGUGUGUUGGUACAACUUUUUAAUAGUGGUGAACACUCACUGUUAUAAAUCCCAGACAAGUGUAUUCUUUUUUCUUCUUUUGAUGUUCUUUCCAAUUUUCCAUCAAACAUUUUUUACAGCCUCUUUUGCUUUUAAUCAUGACCAGCUUUCUGUAGCAAAACAAUUUGUUUUUAAUGCAGUUAGUCAAGAUUAUGUCUGCCCAUGGCUAUAAAAAGUAUUUUUUUUCAUAUGCAGGGAAAUGCUAGAUCUGCCAUUUUAGUGUUUCAUUGAUUGGUUACAUUGUUUUUUAUGAGGUAUGUUCUGUAUGAGUAUUUUAAGAUGAAUGCAAAUGAUUUCUAUUUUGGAUAGUUUCACAGCUUGCACUACUUAGUGUAAGGAGAAAGUACAGCUCCUUUCUAAAUACAGUAUAAGGCACAGUCCCCAUUAAGUUUUACCAUUUUUAUGGACUUUAUGCUUUGCCAUUUAUUGAGGCAAUAUUUCUGGCUUAUUGAAGAAGUAAUCAAAUAAUUGUCAUAUAAUGGUACAUUGUAAAAUACAUGUGUCAUAAUCAAUUUGAAGGAUAUUUACUGGGCGAUUAUGUCCUACCAUGUUAAAUGCUUUUGUUUUUGUAAUUUUUUGCACUUGGAUUAUAGAAGUACUUAUUUAAAACUCACCUUUUCUACUCCUGCUUUGCUAAAUCAUGGUUUGAAUCAAUUGUCAAUUUGUACCACUCAUGAUCAUUUAACAAACUUUUAUUUUUUUCCUGUAGAAUUGUGUUGGGUAGCAAAGUACAGUGAAGAAUAAUUUGUAAAAGCGUAAAAAAAAAGUGGUAAUCUUGCAUGUGCAAAACCAUACCUGAAAUGCUCAUAUUGUAUAGUGCUAUUCAUGGAGAUCAUAGGGCUGGAGUGCUUAAUAGUACCCACUGUUAAUAUGCAGCCAGCAAGUGGCUGGAUGUAUAUUUGAUACAUUAAUUACCUUCAACUCCUUCAUUCUUCCCAUAGGGACACAGUGAACCCUUUUAAUGAGAACAUACACCCAUGUCUCCAACACUGUUCAAGACUAAGAUCUGAAAAUUCAAAGUACCUCCUGGCUUACUACAGAUUCCUGGCUAGCAGCCAGUUUAGGGAUUUAAUGUUGUGACUUUCUUUUACAUGGGGUCAAAACACCAGUGCUUAGGCUUCCUUUGAGCGAUCUUAAGUUUUUCAUUGACUCAGUAACUGACUAUUACUAUUUUACUCUUCGUUUUUCUUUAUUGGGUGGAUUUAGAAUGAAAGUACUAACAGCAUGAAUUGGAAACACUUAUUGAUUAAAUGUAGGGUAUUAAGACAAACUGAUCCCAAAGAAGUAAUGAAAUCCCUGGCAACCUGUAAUAAAAUAAACAAGGGAAUUGGCAUAUGCUGGUCGCUGAUUCCCGUAGAGGUAUGGUUGGUGUUUGACAGCCAUUCCUGCAGCUCUAAGCUGCUCCAGAUUUCUGUGCAGAACAAGGCAGUUACUGGUGGAUGAUCAGUCAUUACAAAACUAACAAGGUGUUCAGAGGGGCAGCUGCAGGAUCCAACUGGCAAUCUGACAUUUGUAUGUGACACAGACAAAUCCUUAAUUAUUAAUUGGGCAGUAUAGGGGAGUGGUAGGAAAGGAGUUUUGCUGAAAGCCUGCUGCCUAACCAUCUAGCCAGGGGAAAACCACCAAAUUCAGUGCCAUAUUUUGGUUUAGAUAGAGCACAGUAUCAUGCCUUUUGCAUUAUUAUUUCAUGAGAUGUUGUUCUGCCUGGUUUUAUGGUAUUCAAGCUUUACAAGCUUCUAGUUUUUUAAUUUGGAUUAUUGGUUGUGUAAUUAUUUCCAUUUUACUACUGCUUUAUUCACUUGUGUUCCAUAAAAUAACACUUUAUUCUGCUCUGGUAUAUUUUAUUUAUUUAUUUAGCACACUGGCCCCCUUGAUUGAUUUCAAUUUUUUUAAAUGGUUUUCCAAAAAGGGAUGGCCACAUCUUGUGCCCAGUUUUAAUUAAAAGAGCCCUCCAUUUGAGACAAGAACCUUAGUCUGUGUGAAACGAAGUCAGGCUACUGUUGUCACAUUCAGUACAUUCAGGGAAGCCAUACAAGUUGAAUUUUUUUUUAUAUUCUGUAGAAUGUCCAGUCUCAAUGAAAUGUAUAUUUUUGUUUUCCUAUAUACUGUACAGAAAAGGUUAGAUAAGCUGCACCAGUUAAUUCAUUUUAUUACAAUGCUUUUUCCUCCCUGAAUAUCUCUGUCUUUACAAGUGAGACGAUGCAAAAUACGAAACAUAUGGGACUUGACAGCACAGUUGGCAUUUCUUUUACAUUCAAUGAUUCACAAUGCUUUGUCAUUGGUACUAAAAACAUUUUUAUCCCCCCAAAAUAAUGAAUUCCUACAAAAGAAGAAAAUGGCUAUGACAGGAAGUCUUAUUGAACAGGACUGGUACAAUUAAACAUGGCUCAACAUUCUGAAUGGCAACAAAGUGUUCAAUGUUUAAACUUAUGGAUGUGUCUAAGUACAUUUACAGUGAAUAUAUAGUGGCUUUAUGUGAGCUGUUGCUCUAGCAAAGAUGAAUCUAUUCAAAUCAUUAGCUGUAAUGUUGUGCAAAGCCCACAAGGCUGUGUCUCUCACUUUUCUGGUGAUAUAAGGUAUAAAGUGAACUUGGAAUUUCAUUCCCCUGUUAUGCGUUACUCUGUACUUCACUGGGCCUAGCUAUUUUACUAUAAAAUGGAUGUACCAAAACAUUGGAUGACUAAUGUAACAAAUGAGGCUGCAAAUCAGUGGGAAACAUGUACUCUUCCUUGUAUUUUUGUAUAGUACCCAGUAUCUUGCAGUGUGUAUCAAUUGUGGGAUAUUUCAGUUUUCAUUGUACAAUUUGCUGGGAAGCAGAAUGUCAAAUGCCAGGAAAUUAAGCAUGUCAACUGACAAAUACUUUUUUGACCAUCUUUGCAAAAACUGAGCUGUUCUUGUUGCAAACCUAAUAGCAACAAAAAAACAAAACAAAAACAAAAUAAAAUAAAAUAAACAGUCCCUUUGCAUUAUUUAAAAUGCCAGCUGGUGCAAUUCUUGUGAAUUUCUGUGAAUAAUGUUUUACAGCCAACUAA